UAUUUUUCCAUGCUGGUUUUCCUUUUGUUUCUUCAACAACCAAAAAGAAAAUAGGAUACAGAGUAAGCAACCAAGCAAGGAAAAAAGCGCCGUCAAAGGCACCACCCACUUGUGACGCGCCAUGGAGCAAAAGAAUGACAUUGAAAGCGCCAGCACCAGGAAUCCCCAUCAAAGCGUGUGUACACGCUUCUCUUCAAUCAAAAUUCAAAAACAUACUCCAAACUCCAAAGAAUAUGAGAAAGUCAAGCAAAAGCAAAGGUGCCCAGUUCGUCAUUUCUUCUUCUUCUACUUCUCAACUUCCUUUCUCUGAACGUUUUCUGUGAUCCUGAGGCUACAGACAAAGAAAGAGGAGAAGGGUAUUUCUUUGAAGCUAGAGAGAGAAUGGAGAGGCUGCCAAACAUGAACGAGAAGGCCAACGUUUCUAAAGAACUUAAUGCUAAGCACAGAAAGAGGUCCAAGAUGGGCUAGUGUAAAUCUGGGAAUCUUCAUUUGCAUGCAAUGCUCAGGGAUACAUAGAAGUCUUGGAGUUCACAUAUCCAAGGUAAGAUCUGCCACUUUAGACACAUGGCUUCCAGAGCAAAUUGCAUUAAUCCAGUCCAUGGGGAAUGAGAAAUCAAAUUGCCACUGGGAAGCUGAGUUGCCCCCUAAUUAUGACAGAGUUGGAAUCAAGAAUUUCAUUCGUGCAAAGUAUGAAGAGAAGAGAUGGGUUCCUAGGGAUGGUAAAGCAAAAUCACCUCCAAAGGUGAGUGAGGAGAAGGCUUCAUUUUUUAGACCAGGGCCAGAGAGUGCUGUGCCUGAGCAAAUGAAGAAUAUAAACCAUGCUUAUGAGGAGAGGAAAAGCAGUCCUCCCCCUAAAACAAAUGACAAUAGACCUGCUUCUAUAAGUUGCACUCCAGCUUCUGUUAAAGAGUCCCAACAGGUCGCACUUGUUACAAAACCACAAGAACCUGUGCAGAAUUCAGAACAAGCUGCAGUUUCAAAAGCUCAUUUGGUAAAAAAGGAAGAGAAAAAAACACCAGUUGCAACACCAGCAAAAGUGGAUUAUGCAACUGAACUUUUUAACUUGCUUUGCAUGGAUGAUUCUGGUGGAAACUUCUCCAAGACUCCCAUCGAUGGUUUCAUAUCUGCCAAGGUAGAAUCAACAUCAGGGAGAAGUGAUUCAUCAAAUAUAUCUGAAUGCAAGAACCAGUUUGCAUCAUCUUUAAAGCAACCUCAGAAAGAUGCAAAUAAUGAUAUCAUGAAUCUCUUUGAUAAGUCCAGUAUGGUUUCUCCAUUUUCUGCCCAUCAACAGCAGCUUGCUAUGUUGUCCCAACAACAUCAGGUCCUCAUGGAAGCUGUAGUGAAAUCUAGUGGUGGAUCUCAAACCUUUCCUGCCAAUAUGAAUAAAUUCAGCCCCAGUGAUAUCCAUUUAUCCAGUCAGAAUCCGAAUGGUAAUGGUAUCCAUUUAUCCAGUCAGAAUUGGGGAAGCGCUAGCCAUCAGGUUCCUGGAAUGAUGAUGCCAACCACUAAUCUACCAAAACAUAUUCAGAUUGGGAGCAACCAGCAAAUGUAUUCAGCAGGGAACUCGGUUAAUAUUACAGCAUCAAGCAUGUAUGGUUUAGGGCAGGGAGCUCCGAUCAAUGGGGCAACAAAUAUCAGAUCAUCAACAAUGCGUCCUCCAACAUUCCCAGCUAUGCCAACUCAACCUCAAGGAUACUAUGAUUUUUCCUCAUUAACACAAGGGACAUUUACAAAACGGUGACAAGUUGCUUUAUCCCAUUAUAGGUACAGUUAAAUCACAAGAAAAUUUGGCUUCGUACUUGCCUUCUGGGGUUACUGCUUCAUUUUAUUGAUUUGUAUUGAUACCCAUUAUUUGAUAGAAAAAAGUUGGUUCCACAAUAAUCACAAGCAUGUUUUGUCUUCACUGCA